AUGUCGGAGAAACGAAUAACUAGCAUGGUCGAGAGAGGUAACAAGAAGAGACAGAGAGUGAAACAAGUAGCCGAGUUCUGCAUCAACGAUCACCACGACGUUCUCGUAGAAAUCCUACGGCGUCUAGACGGGCCCUCGCUGUGCUCAGCCGCAUGCGUGUGUCGUCUGUGGUCGGCCGUGGCUCGCAACGACUCCAUAUGGGAAGAGCUCUGUUUCCGACAGGUCGCACCACGACCUUCCCUUUCCCUUCGCUCCGUCGUGUCGGCUCUCGGCGGCUACCGAUGUCUCUACUUCCUCUGCAUCCGUCCGGUCCUAGCACGACUCCCCAAGCUCCUCUGGAGCCGAGACCAGCUCCAGCUUUCGCUCUCCCUUUACUGCGUCCACUACUACGAACGCCUCUACGUCGGCGCGUGGCUAUCAGACGCGCCACCUUCCUCGCUCAUGUUCCUCCGCAAGCCCGUCAACGUCGUCUGA